GGGCAAGAGUUUCACCUUGCUGACAUGUUGCCAGUGUCGAUAAGCGCACCGGCCAGUCGGUCGCCAUCAAAAUCAUCGACAUAGAGAGUGCCGAGGACGAGGUUGAAGACAUCAUUCAAGAGAUCGCCAUCCUCUCGGAGUUGCAGUCGCCCUACGUGACCAAGUAUUACGGCUCCUACGCCAAAGGGGCCGAGCUAUGGAUCGUCAUGGAGUUUUGUUCCGGCGGGAGCUGCGCCGAUCUCAUGAAGCCGGGCCUCAUCGGAGAAGAUUACAUCGCCAUCAUCGUCCGCGAGCUGCUUCUUGGCUUGGACUACCUGCACUCAGACAAGAAGCUGCACCGGGACAUCAAGGCGGCGAACAUCCUUCUCUCAGCCAACGGUCAAGUCAAGCUGGCCGACUUUGGUGUCUCGGGCCAGCUUUCGGCGACCAUGACGAAAAAGAACACCUUUGUAGGCACCCCGUUCUGGAUGGCGCCAGAAGUAAUCAAGCAGAGCGGCUACGAUCACAAGGCCGACAUCUGGUCAUUGGGGAUUACCGCGCUCGAACUGGCCAACGGCGAGCCACCAUAUGCCGACAUCCACCCCAUGAAAGUGCUUUUCCUGAUUCCCAAAAACGCGCCUCCGCGGCUAGAAGGAAACUUCACCAGAGCUUUCAAGGAGUUCGUCGAGCUCUGUCUGCAGCGCGACCCCAAGGAGCGGCCGUCCGCGAGGGAGCUGCUUAAGCACCCCUUCAUCAGGAGGGCUAAGAAGACAAGCUAUCUUACCGAGCUAAUCGAACGCUACAGUCGCUGGGCCGUUACUCACAAGCAGGACGACGAAGACAGCUUUGACGGGGACGACGGUUGCGAAACCGAAAACAGAGGCCCUGUCAACGAGGACAUGUGGGAUUUUGGAACCGUGCGUCUGGUGAGCGAGCGAGGCAACAUUGUCCACAGACCGGGCCUGCUCAAUCCCAUGGGUGAAUCAGCAACCAAUGCGAGAUCGUCGAGGUCGUUCGAUGUCUCUGACAGUUACGAGGAGGGGAAGCGAGAGGCUAGCCCAACCAAGGUCGUGGCGGAGCCCAGGGAUACUUUAAAAGGGGCUAGCGGCACUGGCACAUCGAGGCAGGUGUCGCCUCAACGGAAACCGGUGCCAGCUCAGCCUCCCGCGCCGUCAUCACCCAGCAAGGUUCCGCUGCCGCCGUCGCCCCAGAAAGCUUCCAGCGGCCCGGAAAUUCCUCGGGCGACCUACACAUCGAAACCCAUGCCACCAGUCCCCUCAACCAGUUCGCCCGACUACGACCGUGUCUUGCAGGAGCAGUUGCAGCGGGAGAUGGGCGUGAUGAAUUUCGGUUCGGCCAUUCAGCAACAGAGCCCUUCACUGCACCCGACAGCAUCCUCAUCCAGGCCAGUCUCAAUGAAAAUUCCCGAGAUCCCGCCCUACCGCGGAGGGCCACACCAUCAGCAACCACAGCGAAACCAGCGAACCCCAUCACAGUCUCAGCAACUCCAAACCAAAAAUAAGACCCAGCCCGCCGUCUACCAAUUUCAAGCCCAACAACCUGCCCAAGCCUUCCAGAACCAAACGCAUAAACCCUCCUACUCCAGCCAAAACUUCCAACCUCUCAUCUCCAAGGAACUCCCCCGCCCAUCCCCGAACCGAGGCGACAGCUCCUCUUCCUCCUUGUCGAACCCGCUCUCCUUCCCGACCCCGGCGCCCGCCAACCCCAACGGCGACCUCGACGCCCUCAACGACGUCAUCUUCCCGGCCCUCGAAGAGGCCCUCAAGCGCCGCCAGGUCCACCUGCAGCAGCUCUACCGGCCGGAGGCGCCAGGCAUGCCGCUGCCGCCCGUCACGCCCAAGCAGCAGCGCGCCGAGGCGGCGCACGACAAGAUCCGCAAGCUCGUGUACAAGCUUGCGCACGUGUGCAAGGAGAUUGAUCACUUUGAUAAGGCAGAGCCGGUGGGGAUGGGCAUGGAGGUGGGCACCUUCUUGGAGGGGUUGUUGGAGGAGAUUUUGGUCAGGGUUGAGCCGCUUGAUGAGGAGGGGGGUGGGUUGUGACAAGGUAGAUAAACAAUCUCAGGGGCUGGGCGUUGGUUUACUGGCUUGGGGAUGGGUUCGGAGUUUAGGUUGGACUUUAGUUUGG